AUGUCCGGCGGCCACAAACCCAUCCGCCUACCGCCCCUCAAAACCCUCCGCGUCCACAACCCCAAGCGAACGCCCGAAAACCCCUGCAUCGCAAUAAUGUCCAGCGUCCUCGCAUGCUGGGCAUCAGCGGGUUACAACGCCGCCGGGUGCGCUGCCAUCGAGACCCAACUCCGCAAAUGUAUGGACGGUCCGCCGCCGCCUCCUGCGCCUACAAAUACGAUCAAUUACCACCUUUCGAGGAUGCAGAAGUAUGUGACGAGUCCGAGGAAGCAAAAGUGA